GAGGGUCAGAGUGUUUUUGUGCAGCAAGGCUAAGGGUUUGCCUUGGAAGCUCAUCAGGAUGUCAUUUGACAGUGAGCAGUGAUGUUUGUCUAAGAGGAUUGGUGGUCAGAAAUAAGCCACAGCGUCUAAUGAGACCCGGGGCCGGCCGGCUGGGCGGGAUGCCACGGCGUUUCUUGCGGGUGCCUUUCUCAUGAGCAAGAUGGCCUCACGCUGAAAAGGAUGGUCAUGAAGUCUGAGGAGUUAGGCUGUGUGGAGAUCUGAGGAAGCCCCGGCUUUUGAAAUGAGGGACACUGUGCAGCUGUGAGUUUCUGCAAAUCAGAUGGGGAAUGUCUGUGGAUGUGUCCGAGCCGAGAAAGAAGAAGAGUAUCUGGAUCCUGCCAAAACUCCUCUGAGACCUGAAAAGUACUCUGCUGGAAGAGGAAAAUACUUUAGAAGGGACCUGACCCAGAAAGCAGCAGGUGACACGGAGUCAGGAGGGCCUCGGCUUGGUGAUGAAGGGGAGAGGAGCGCCCGCCCACUCUCUGGGGGGCUGGCGUGGGAGCGGGGGGCCAGCCCGGGCCUCACUCUGCAGGCAGGGGCCCAGCCCCAGACGGCGAGCCCUCAGCAUCCCCCGGGGGGCCCCUCUCAGCACCAGGAAACCCAGGUCAGAGUCAGCAAACCAGAGGAAAGGGUUUCAGAAAGAGACGGCACCCCCUACCAUGCAAAGAGGAAGGACCACUUGAAUGAUGUCAACACAAGAAAAAGAACAUUCCAGAGAAAAACGGGUGGUUUUUCUUCACGAAAGGCAGCCAGCUUAAGUUCCAUUCACUGUGGUACAGAGAGAUCACUUGAAAAAGAUGGGUUUUCUGAAGGUCCAUCAAAAAAUGACAGUGUUAUUCAGGAAAAGCAAAACACGCAAAGAUCUUGCCUUCAGGAAGCACACCAUUUCCAGGUUGGAGAAAAGAGGUGUCAUUCCCUGUGUGAUAGUGUGUCCUUCCCUUCCAAGGACACGAAGGAGAUAUCUGAUAUCCAUGUUACUGGUGAGUCAGAAGACAUGUCAGCGAAAGAAAGACUGUUACUGUGGACGCAGCAGGCCACGGAGGGUUACGCGGGGAUUCGGUGUGAAAAUUUCACCACCUGCUGGAGAGAUGGGAAAUUAUUUAAUGCCAUCAUUCAUAAAUACAGGCCGGACCUGAUAGACAUGAAUACUGUCGCUGUUCAGAGCAACCUUGCAAAUUUAGAGCACGCUUUCUAUGUAGCAGAAAAAAUUGGGGUUAUAAGACUUCUGGAUCCUGAAGAUGUUGACGUCUCCUCACCUGAUGAAAAGUCAGUAAUAACUUAUGUAUCAUCUCUCUAUGACGCAUUUCCCAAAGUCCCUGAAGGGGGUGAAGGCAUCGGGGCAAAUGAUGUUGAAGUCAAGUGGAUUGAAUACCAGAAUAUGGUCAACUACCUCGUCCAGUGGAUCAGACACCACGUGGCCACUAUGUCAGAGAGAACAUUUCCUAAUAAUCCUGUAGAACUCAAGGCACUUUACAAUCAGUAUUUACAGUUUAAAGAAACAGAAAUUCCACCAAAGGAGACAGAAAAAUCAAAAAUUAAACGCUUAUAUAAAUUAUUAGAGAUUUGGAUAGAGUUUGGACGCAUCAAACUCCUUCAAGGCUAUCACCCAAACGACAUAGAAAAGGAGUGGGGAAAGCUCAUCAUCGCCAUGCUGGAGAGGGAGAAGGCUCUCCGCCCCGAAGUCGAAAGGUUGGAGAUGUUGCAGCAGAUUGCUAACCGAGUUCAGAGGGGCAGUGUCGUCUGUGAAGACAAACUGUUGCUUGCCCGAAAUGCUCUCCAGUCUGAUUCUAAAAGGUUGGAAUCCGGGCUGCAGUUUCAGAAUGAAGCAGAAAUUGCCGGAUAUAUCCUUGAAUGUGAGAACCUCCUACGCCAGCAUGUAAUUGACGUACAGAUUCUUAUUGAUGGGAAGUACUACCAGGCGGACCAGCUGGUGCAGAGGGUUGCAAAACUGCGCGAUGACAUCAUGGCCUUGCGGAACGAAUGUUCCUCAGUGUACAGCAAAGGCCGCGUGCUGACGACGGAGCAGACGAAGCUCAUGAUAUCAGGAAUCUCUCAGAGCUUAAACUCAGGAUUUGCACAGACCUUAAACCCCAGCGUGCACUCAGGGCUGACGCAGGGUCUCACACCUUCCCUGACCCCGUCUAGCGUGACCUCAGGCCUGUCGUCAGGCCUGACUUCCCGCCUGACCCCGUCUGCCACCCCUGCCUAUACGCCUGGCUUCCCGUCAGGGUUAGUUCCAAAUCUCGGCUCAGGAGGGGAGACAGGCCCCCUGCAGACUCUGAAGCUGAUGCAGAUCCGAAAGCCCCUUCUCAGGUCGUCUCUGCUGGACCAGAAUUUAACAGAAGAGGAGAUCAACAUGAAAUUUGUUCAGGACCUUUUGAAUUGGGUGGAUGAGAUGCAGGUGCAGCUGGACCGCACUGAGUGGGGAUCAGAUUUGCCAAGUGUUGAAAGCCAGUUAGAAAAUCAUAAAAAUGUCCACCGAGCUAUUGAAGAAUUUGAAUCUAGCCUUAAAGAAGCUAAGCUCAGUGAGAUCCAGAUGACGGCACCUCUUAAAUUAACGUAUGCAGAAAAGUUACACAGAUUAGAGAAUCAGUAUGCAAAACUCUUGAAUACAUCCAGGAAUCAGGAGCGGCACCUGGACACACUCCACAAUUUUGUAACUCGUGCAACGAAUGAACUUAUUUGGUUGAAUGAAAAAGAAGAGGAGGAAGUUGCUUAUGACUGGAGUGAAAGAAACACCAACAUAACCCGGAAGAGAGAUUACCACGCGGAAUUGAUGAGAGAACUUGAUCAAAAGGAAGAAACUAUUAAGUCCGUUCAAGAGAUAGCGGAGCAGCUGCUUCUGGAAAAUCACCCAGCCCGCUUAACCAUUGAGGCCUACCGCGCGGCCAUGCAGACGCAGUGGAGCUGGAUCUUGCAACUCUGCCAGUGUGUGGAGCAGCACGUGAAGGAGAACGGCGCUUAUUUUGAGUUUUUCAACGAUGCCAAAGAAGCCACAGAUUACUUGAGGAAUCUAAAAGAUGCCAUUCAGCGGAAGUACAGCUGUGACAGGUCCAGCAGCAUCCACAAACUGGAGGACCUCGUUCAGGAGUCGAUGGAAGAGAAAGAAGAGCUUCUGCAGUAUAAAAGUACAGUGGCGGGCCUGAUGGGGAGAGCAAAAACAAUCGUUCAGCUGAAGCCCAGAAAUCCUGACUGUCCACUCAAAACUUCUCUUCCGAUCAAAGCCAUCUGUGACUACAGACAAAUUGAGAUAACCAUUUUCAAAGACGAUGAAUGCGUUUUGGCAAACAACUCUCAUCGUGCUAAGUGGAAGGUCAUCAGCCCCACUGGGAACGAGGCCAUGGUCCCUUCCGUGUGCUUCACCGUCCCUCCUCCAAACAAAGAGGCGGUUGACUUUGCAAACAGAAUUGAGCAGCAGUAUCAGAAUGUUCUGACCCUUUGGCACGAGUCUCACAUAAACAUGAAGAGUGUGGUCUCCUGGCACUGCCUCAUCAAUGAAAUCGACAGAAUCCGAGCGAGCAAUGUGGCUUCAAUAAAGACCAUGUUGCCUGGUGAACAUCAGCAAGUUCUGAGUAAUCUGCAAUCCCGUUUUGAAGAUUUUCUUGAAGAUAGCCAGGAAUCCCAAAUAUUUUCAGGCUCAGACAUAACACAACUGGAAAAGGAGGUUAAUGUGUGCAAGCAGUAUUAUCAAGAACUUCUUAAAUCUGCAGAAAGAGAGGAGCAAGAGGAAUCGGCUUACAACCUCUACAUCUCCGAAGUUCGAAACCUCAGGCUCCGGCUGGAGAGCUGCGAAGACCGCCUCAUCAGACAGAUCCGCACCCCGCUGGAGAGAGACGACCUGCCUGAGAGCGUGUUCAGGAUCUCGGAGCAGGAGAAACUAAAGAAAGAACUGGAGCGACUUAAAGAUGAUUUGGCCACGAUCACAAGUAAAUGUGAAGACUUUUUCAGUCAAGCAGCUGCCUCUGCCUCCACACCCGUCUUGCGGUCUGAGCUCAGCGUGGUCGUCCAGAGCAUGAACCACAUCUAUUCCAUGUCGUCCACCUACAUAGAGAAGUUGAAAACGGUCAACUUGGUGUUAAAAAACACUCAAGCUGCAGAAGCUCUUGUAAAACUCUAUGAAACUAAAUUGUGUGAAGAGGAAGCAGUUAUAGCUGACAAGAAUAACAUUGAGAAUCUAAUAAGUACUUUAAAGCAAUGGAGAUCUGAAGUGGAUGAAAAGAGAGAGGUCUUCCAUGAGCUGGAGGAUGAGCUGCAGAGAGCAAAGACCAUCAGUGAUGAGAUGUUUAAAACCUACAAAGAGCGUGACCUUGACUUUGACUGGCACAAAGAAAAAGCAGACCAGUUGGUUGAGAGAUGGCAGAAUGUUCAUGUUCAGAUUGACAACAGGUUACGGGACUUGGAAGGCAUUGGCAAGUCACUGAAGUACUACAGAGAUACUUAUCACCCGUUGGAUGAUUGGAUCCAGCAAGUGGAAACUACUCAGAGGAAGAUUCAAGAAAAUCAGCCUGAAAAUAGUAAAACUCUGGCGACACAAUUGAAUCAACAGAAGAUGCUGGUGUCCGAAAUAGAAACGAAACAGAGCAAAAUGGACGAGUGUCAGAAGUACGCAGAACAGUACUCCACUGCAGUGAAGGACUAUGAAUUACAAACGAUGACCUACCGGGCCAUGGUGGAUUCACAGCAGAAGUCUCCAGUGAAACGACGGAGGCUACAGAGCUCAGCAGAUCUCGUCAUUCAAGAGUUCAUGGACCUGAGGACACGAUACACGGCUCUGGUCACCCUCAUGACACAAUAUAUUAAAUUUGCUGGGGACUCAUUGAAGAGACUGGAGGAGGAGGAGAAGUCACUGGAAGAAGAAAAGAAAGAGCAUGUUGAAAAAGCCAAAGAAUUACAAAAAUGGGUAUCAAAUAUCAGCAAGACAUUGAGAGAUGGAGAGAAGGCUGGAAAGUCUUCCUUUUCUAAGCAAAAGAUUUCCAGUGAGGAAAUUUCAAUCAAGAAGGAACAGUUAUCAGAAGCACUACAAGGCAUGCAGCUCUUUCUGGCUAAACAUGGAGACAAAAUGACAGAUGAAGAAAGAAAUGAAUUGGAAAAACAAGUGAAAACUCUCCAAGAAAGUUAUAAUUUAUUCUUUAGUGAAUCUCUGAAGCAACUGCAACAGUCACAAACCUUAGGAGACAUCAAGGUAGAGGAGAAGCUGGAUAAAGUCAUCGCGGGCACCGUUGAUCAGAGCACGGGAGAAGUCCUUUCUGUCUUUCAGUCGGUGCUGAGAGGCCUCCUCGAUUAUGACACGGGAAUUCGGUUGCUUGAGACCCAGCUCAUGAUUUCUGGGCUCAUCUCACCAGAAUUAAGAACGUGCUUUAACCUCAAAGAUGCCCAAAGUCACGGCCUUAUCGAUGAGCAAGUUCUGAGCCAACUCCAAGAACUCGAUGAAAUGAAGGAGAUUAUCUCCGCCGUGUCGUCCACCAGGGUUCCGGUGCUGGAUGCCCUGGCUGAAGGUGUGAUCUCAGAGGCCAUGGCCAUCAGAGUGCUCGAGAUCCUGCUUUCCACGGGCUCGCUGGUUAUUCCAUCCACAGGAGAACAGCUGACCUUGCAGAAGGCUUUCCAGCAGCACCUGGUUUCCUCGGCCUUAUUUUCUAAAAUCCUGGAAAGGCAGAAUCUGUGCAAAGACCUUAUUGACCCCUCCACCUCUGAGAAGGUGUCUCUAAUAGAUAUCAUGCAAAGAAGCGUUUUGCAAGAAGACUUAGGGAUGCGGCUUCUGCCUGUGAGGCCUCAGGAAGGAGGCAGAAUAACGUUAAAAUGUGGCCGAAAUGUGAGCAUUUUAAGGGCAGCACACGAAGGCCUCAUAGACCGUGAGACCAUGUUCAGGUUACUGGGCGCCCAGCUGCUUUCAGGAGGUCUGAUCAAUUCCAAGUCUGGUCGGAGGCUGACUGUCGAGGAAGCCGUGGCAGAGGGGGUAAUGGACAGAGACACUGCCAACGGCAUCCUCACUUACCAGGUGGAGACAGGAGGAAUCAUCCGCUGCAACCCCGCCAAGCGUCUGACUGUCGAUGAGGCAGUCCAGUGCGAUCUGAUCCCGCCCAGCAGUGCCCUUCUGGUCCUUGAGGCUCAGCGAGGCUACGUGGGCCUCAUCUGGCCUCACUCUGGGGAAAUCUUCCCCACAUCAUCAUCUCUGCAGCAGGAGUUGAUCACCCACGAAUUGGCCUCCAAGAUCCUGGAAGGGAGGCAGAAAAUCGCUGCUCUUUACAUCCCAGAAACUUGUCAAGUCAUCGAUUUGGAGGUUGCCACACAACUUGGAAUUAUAGAUAAUAACACAGCAUCGAUUUUAAAAAGUAUAACACUGCCCGAUAAAAUGCCAGAUUUGAGAGAUUUAGAAGCUUGUAAAAAUGCCAAAAGAUGGCUCUCUUUUUGUAAAUUCCAACCGUCUAUGGUCCAUGAUUACAGGCUAGACGAGGAUGCUUUUGAUGGAGAGGAGCCAGUGGCAACUCAGAGCUCAGAACAAACUAAAAAGUUGUUCCUGUCUUACUUGAUGAUAAAUAGCUAUAUGGAUGCAAACACAGGGCAGAGGCUUUUGCUGUAUGAUGGAGACUUGAAUGAGGCUGUCGGGAUGCUCCUGGAAGGCUGUGGUACAGAAAUUGACAAGGACACACCCACUGAAGAGUGUUCUGAUGUCUUAAGGCUCCCUGGUGUAUUUCUGAAUAACUCUGCAAGUAAAGCAAUGGGUGAAAGUCCAGCUUCACCAAGUAGUUCUGAUGAAUGUCUUCAGAGAGAACCUGAAAGUAAAGAAACCCCUGAAAAUGCCAUAGACGAAGAGUUUCAGGAAUUGGAGACUAAUGUUAUCAAGAGUGAAUUUUGGCUGUCAGAAAACCUGGCAGAUGUAAUUGCAACUGAUCUUAAAGUUGAGAAAUCACCCGGUGUGUGUGUUCCCUGUUCCAGAUCAUACUUAAGACAGCUUGGACUUGCUGAUGUUAGCCUGCCCAGUCAAGACUCUGAAAACAGACUUGAAAAUGGUGAAAAUCAAAGUCAAUUAGAAACAAAGGAACAUGCAGAUGAAUGUAGUUGUUCUAAAAACCUUCACAAGUUUGCAAGUGAUUUGAUAACAAAUCCUAUGAUAAAAUCAAAAACUAGUAGAGCCUAUGAUUUAAAUGAAACAGAGAAUGAAGAUAAUAUUAGCAGGGGUUCAACUCUCUUUGACUAUUCCCCCAGGCUGAGUGCCUUGUUAAGUCAUGAUAAACUGAGGACCCAGCAGGGAAGUUUUCAUGAUGUACGCAGUGCAGAGAGUAGUGGAAAGAAAUGUGAAACCUCUACAUUGUCAUUCAAUGACCAAACGGAGUCAUCAGGUCAAAGAAUAAGAGAAAAAUUUCAAGACCAGUAUCUGGGAAUUGCAGCUAUUAACAUCAGUUUAAAGGGAGAGCAAGCUGUAGAGAAAUCUUUCAGUGUUGGUUGUAGUCAUCCUCAGGUAGAGGAUCAGAGUGAUGACUUUAGUUCAGAUACUUGUGGUGAAGAUGAAGACACUCCUGCUGCUUCUCAGCAGGAACCUGAAGAGGAGAAGAGAGAGUCCACAGUGGAAGGGUCCUCGGGUGCCCCGACCCCGAGGGCUGGUCGUCAUUAUGUCAGCCCACCUCACACACGUACCCCAUCUUUGGAAGAGAUUGUCAGCGCCAGUGCUGGCGACUAUGAAACGUCCCUGCUGGAUGAUCGGCAGAGCGACACAGCAACGGACACAGACAGCGAUGCUGACUUUUACGACACACCCUUGUUUGAGGAUGACGACCACGACUCCCUGCUCCUCGAGGGUGACGACUAUGAUUGUCUGCAGCCCGAGGACUAUGAUUCGCUGCCAGAGGACGACUGGGCCGCUCCUCCUGGAGAGCUUUUCUAUGAUGCUUCUACAGAGGGAGAACAUUCUGUGGGGACCCAGGCGGGGCUGGCUGAUAGCUUAGGUGUGAGGGGAGAAGUGCAGUCUCUGCAGGAUUUUCUCAUAGGUGCUGAGAAGGCAGAGUUCGGUUCUGGUGAAGAAAUCCAGUUAAAUUCACUUGGGUCCCAUGAAGUGAGCGGACCGUUGAUGGAAACUGUAUCAGAAGGGGACAGCACAGAUGACCUUGAAGGUGAUGAGUCUGACUCAUUGACUGACUAUGGAAUUGUGGGAGGAAAAGAGAGCUUCAGGACGGCGGUACAAUCUGAGGAUGCUGGCUGCUGGGAAGAGAGAGAAAAAGACUGUGUAACUGGACAAGGAUUUGAAUCUGCUCCUGAUCAUUUAGAGUCUGUGCAAAGCAAAGACAGUUACAAGGGUUCCGUGUCUGUCUGUAAUGAGCAGGACGACGCUGAUGCUGCUGAUGCUGGAGAUGGAGUGGGUGGGGAGGGUGCGGAGCCUGUGGGCCAGGGUGCGGCUGCGGCCCUGGUCAUCCCUGGGUGUAUUGCAGCUGCUCCUGAAACAGAAAACAUCUGUUUACGUCAAAGGAACAAUAAAACGAUUCUCCCGACUCAAAAGCAUCAUCAUAAUUCUUCACAAAAACAGCAGGGUGUGAAUGUUUUACAGCCAGAAUCAAGUAGUAAAAGUAGCUUAGGUCCUGAAAUAAACCACUUUCUGGAAGAUACAAAUGAGGUUGUUGGAAAAAGCAUAGAAGAUCUGUUGAAUCACGAGAUAGUCCUUCAGGAUGAAUUACUGCCUCUCAUGAAAGACACUGAAUCAGAAAACACCUUUAGCCCUGUUGGUGCCUUACCUAAUACUAGUAUCAGUUCAGCCUCUGAACUAGAGGACCACCUAAAGAACACAAGGCUUAAGUUGAUUCAGCCAGAAUCUGCUGACUCUGUGAAAGGCGGAAAUCCAUAUUAUGAGAAUGUGACACUUCGUGGUGACUCCUCUUCUGAUGAAAUCAUUUGUUCUGAGCCCAGUUUAACAGGAAAACCUGCCGAGGAAGGCCAUUUGUCAUUCACAGUGUCUGUAGCUGAUAACGAUCCUCCAGGCAGUGGAAGGGAUCUAAUUAAAAGGAGAGCUGACAAAAGCAAUAUACUAACAGAAGAUGAAGCAUCAAUUCCUAAAAUGUGUGCAGGUAAAGGAGUUCUCAUAGAAGGUUCCUUAGAAGAUAAUAAAUAUCCUGAACUUUUGCCCAGUAAAAGUACAAGGGAGAGUCUUGAUUUAGUUAAUAGUCCAUUUCCAUUCCCACAGACCACACACAGUGAAGAACACAGUCAGGAAGGAAGCCUUAAAAACCCAACAGUAGCCCUUAAAGAUGAACCACAGAACCUACCAACAGUAGUUAGUAGAAGUCCCGUUCAGUUUGAGAAUCUUGAAGAAAUAUUUGACUCAUCAGUUUCCCAAGUGAUCAGUGAUGACAUGACUUCAGGCAUGACCUUGUCCAAAGGGUUUACAAGGAUUGAGACAGAUUCACUCCCCAAUGGGCCUGAAGAUGAGCCUGAUCUGUUUACUUACUUAAAGCAUUGUGCUAAAGAUGUAAAAGCAGAGAAUGUACUGAAACCAGGUGAAGAGACCUCAAGCUGUAUUCCAGUCGCUUCCUCUCCCAGGAAGGAGCAUUUACAAUCAGGAGUUAAUAAUGCAGACGAGACGGCAGCUCUUGCCCAAGAAGACUCACCUCCAAAGGAGAUGGCCCAACAGAAAGACCUUCCUGCUGAAGAAAGCAGAUCAGGAGUUCCUAAGUCCACAGGCUUCCCUCUUGGAAAUGCAGAAGGCCUUGGAAAACACAUGGGUUUUGUACAGUCCGAACUCUGUGCAGAUGGAGUAAGAACUAACUCCAGUAAGGCUCUAAGCACUGACUGCUCAUCCUUAGAAAUUAACAGCAAGAAAGAGGGGAUUGAGCAGCAGAAAGGGAAAGAACCAGCUCCGUCUCCAGGAGCCCAGGGCAGCGAGGUGCAGGUCGCUGAACUAUCUCAGGCCUUGGUGGAGGACGUCAGGGACACCUUAAAAGGUAGUUUGAAAGAAGGUCAUGUGACUCCUCAAGAGCUUGGAAAACCUUCAGCCUGUGCAGAUGCUAACAUUCUAAUUCAAACCUUAAUUACAAGAGGUAGCUCAUCACAGUUGGUAAAUGAAACAACUGGUGUGCCCAGUGACUCUAACACCAGUGGCUGUGGCAUUUCCCCCACCAAAAACUCACCAGAAUUAAAAACAGAGAGCAGAGAGGAUCCGCUCUGCACUGCAAACCUCAAGUCUGAAUUGCUCCUCAAUAUGCUUAAGCAAAAUCAGUAUAGCCAGAAAGUUAUAGGAGCUUUUGAACUGAUGAAAGAAUUAACUCAGAUGGAGUGUGAUCUGGAGAAAAAGGGUGGGACAUCUGCACUUCCUCCUCUGCAUCUUGAAAAUAUAUUCUGCAAGCUGCUUGCUGAUGGAUAUUCAGAGAAGGGAGGACAGGGUAGCGACUUGAAUCAAAAAUCACCUACAGCUCCUGAGGUGAUGGAUGAGGAGCCACACAUUCUUGAAGAAUUUAACAGCAAGGGCGGAAACCCCUGUUCCCUAAAUUUACAAAGUGUGAAAGAGAGUGGCCCAGAAAACUCUCCUGUCUGUGCACCAGAUUUGCCAAGAGAUGGGAGGCGGAAGGAGCCGUGUGCUGCGUUUCCAGGCCGUUUGGAAUGUAUUUCAGGGUCAGAAGACUUGGCUUCUGGAGACAGCUCGACAGAGCGAUUUUCCAAGGAGCUGCAGCAAUGCUUACAGCACAGAUCAAAGAUGUGCGAGUAUUUGGCUUUGCUUCAAGACAUGAAGCCCCCCUUCGGCAGCCAGGACUCCCAGGAUGGCAGUCUAGAAGCUCUGAGAGACCAGCUGAAACAGUUGGAGACGUUUGAAUUGGGAUUGGCUCCAAUUGGUGUGAUUUUAAGAAAAGACAUGACGCUGGCGGAGGAAUUUGUAGAGUCUGUGCCGGGUGACUUCCCCAGGGGACCCCUCCAGGACCUGAGCGUGAGCCUCCAGAGUCUGCAGACAGCCUUCUCAUCCCUCCAGGCCGCGUCUUCAGAAAGAAUGAACCAUAUAACGCUGGCGAUCGACUCCGAGGUGUCUAAACUAGCCGUUUCCCAUGAAGAGUUUCUGCAGAAACUUCAGUCAUUCUCACGCUGGAUAUCGCAGACCAGCCAAUCUGUGAAGGAUGUGGAGGUCAUGACAGUUCGAGACACUGAACCCAUAAAACAAAGCUUGGAGUUUCUCAAGAAUGUGCUGAAAGACCUCGGACACACCAAGACGCAGCUGGAGACGGUUGCCUUUGACGUGCAGUUCUUCAUCUCUGAACAUGCCCAAGAUCUGUCUCCCACCCAAAGCAGACAGCUCUUAAGGCUCUUAAACACAACUCAGAAGGGUUUCCUUGACGUGCAGGACUCAGUAACUACCCAGGUGGAACAUUUAGAGGCUCAGUUACAGCUAGAACAAGAUCUCGAUCGUCAGAAGCUGGUGGCCGAGCGUCAGCAGGAGUACAAAGAGAAACUGCAGGGCAUCUGCGACCUCCUCACCCAAACCGAAAACCGCCUCAUCGGUCACCAGGAAGCCUUCGUCAUUGGAGAUGGCACAGCUGAGUUAAAGAAGUACCAGUCCAAGCAAGAGGAAUUACAGAAAGAUAUGCAAGGAAGUGCACAGGCAUUGGCAGAAAUAGUGAAAAACACAGAGAAUUUCUUAAAAGAGAGUGGCGAAAAGUUGUCACGAGAAGAUAAGGCUGUGAUUGAACAGAAGCUGAAUGAAGCUAAGAUAAAGUGUGAACAGCUGACCAUAAAGGCAGAGCAGUCAAAGAAAGAGCUGGAUAAAGCUGUGACGACAGCAAUCAAAGAAGAAACGGAAAAGGUUGCUGCUGCGAAGCAGCUGGAAGAGAGCAAAACCAAGAUCGAAAACCUCUUGGACUGGUUGGCAAAUGUCGACAGAGACUCAGGGCGGGCAGCAGUGGAGCCGAAACAGGUCAUUGAACAGAACGGGACGCACUUUCAAGAGGGUGAUGGCAAGUCGAUGAUGGGAGAAGAGGAUGAAUUCAACGGAAACGUGUUGGACACGGAUGUUGACGGGCGCGUCGGGACCACCGAGGAGAACCUAAACCAGCAGUACCAGAGGAUGAAGGCGCAGCACGCGGAGCUCGCGGCCCGGCACCAGGCGGUCCUCGCGGCCACGCAGGCGGCCCAGGCCUUGCUGGAGACGCAGGGCCACCACCUGUGCCCGGAGGAGAAGGAAAAGCUGCAGAGGAACGUGACGGAGCUGAAGACGCACUUCGAAAGCGCGCUGGCCGCGUCGGAGACGGCGGUGCGCCGGACGCGCUCCCUGCAGGAGGAGCUGCGGAAGUUCGACGCCGACUGCGGCGAGUUUGAGCAGUGGCUGCGGCAGGCGGAGCAGGACCUGCAGAACCUGGAGGCCGGCGCCGACGACCUCAGCGGGCUGACGGCCAAGCUGAAGCGGCAGAAGAGCUUCUCGGAAGACGUCAUUUCGCACAGAGGGGACCUGAGGUACAUCACCAUCGCUGGCAACAGAGUGCUGGAGGCAGCCAAGUCUUGCGGCGGGAGAGAGGGAGGCGGCCGGGCUGAUCGGGACCAGGUGGACACCUCUGCCGCCCACCGAGAAGUGCAGGGCCGGCUGGACCGCGCCACGGACCGCUUCAGGUCCCUCUACACAAAGUGCAACGUCCUCGGGAACAACCUCAAAGACCUGGUGGAUAAAUACCAGCACUACGAGGACGCCUCGUGCGGGCUUUUCUCUGGGCUCCAGGCCUGCGAGGCCACAGCCAGCAGACACUUAUCCGAGCCUAUUGCCGUGGACCCCAAAAACCUGCAGAGGCAGCUGGAAGAGAUGAAGGCUCUGCAGGGACAGAUAUCCAGUCAGCAGGUGGCUGUAGAGAAACUGAAGAAGACAGCAGAAGUGUUGUUAGACUCCAGGGGACCUUUACUUCCCGCCAAGAACGACAUCCAGAAGACACUGGAUGACAUUGUCGGGAGGUAUGAUGACCUGUCCGCGUCCGUGAGCGAGCGGAACGAGAGGCUGCAGAUGACGCUGACCCGCUCGCUGAGCGUGCAGGACGGCCUAGACGAGAUGCUGCUCUGGAUGGCGGGCGUGGAGCGCUGCCUUCAGGAGCCGUGCCAACUGCCCUUGAGUUCCAGCGCUUUGCAGGAUGUCAUCAGUAAAAGCAUCAUGCUGGAGCAGGACAUUGCAGGGCGGCAGAGCAGCAUAAAUGCCAUGAAUGAGAAAGUAAACAGGUUCACGGAAACUGCCGACCCAUCUACCGCGUCCUCGCUACAGGCCCGGAUGAAGGACUUAGCCUUCCGCUUUUCAGAAGCAAGUCACAAACACAAAGAAAAACUUGCCCAGAUGGAGAAGCUCAAAACCAAAGUGGAGCGGUUUGAGAACCUCUCAGAAAAGCUCCAGACGUUCUUAGAAGCCAAAACCCAGGCUCUCACUGAGGCCGAUGUACCUGGGAAGGAUGUUACUGAGCUGUCUCAGUUUAUGCAGGAAUCAACAUCUGAAUUGCUAGAACGGAAGAAAGAUCUGGAAGUUUUGCAGAAUCUCUUGAAGGAGAUCUCUAGCCAUGGCUUGCCAGGGGAUAAGGCUCUGGUUUUUGAAAAAACAAAUAAUUUGUCAAAGAAAUUCAAGGAAAUGGAGGACACUGUCAAAGAAAAGAAAGAAGCAGUAUCUUCUUGUCAAGAACAGAUGGGUGCUUUUCAAGUCCUGGUUAAAUCAUUAAAAUCAUGGAUAAAAGAAACCACAGAAAAAGUUCCCGCUGUGCAGCCUUCUUUUGGUGCAGAAGAUUUGCAGAAAUCUUUGGAAGAAACUAAGAAAUUACAAGAGAAGUGGAGCUUGAAAACACCAGAGAUUCAGAAAGUCAGCAGCAGUGGGAACUCACUCUGUAACUUGAUAAGUGCUGUGACAACCCCCGCGAAGGCCAUAGCAGCUGUUAAAUCAGGUGGAGUAAUAUUAAAUGGUGAAGGAACAGCCACAGAUACUCAGGACAUUUUGGCAAAUAAAGGCUUAGCAUCCAUUAAAAAGGAUAUGACUGACAUAAGCCAUGGCUAUGAAGAUCUUGGCCUCUUGCUUAAGGACAAGAUAGGCGAGCUGAGCACCAAGCUCUCCAGGCUGCAGAAGGCUCAGGAGGAGUCCAGCGCCAUGAUGCAGUGGCUGCAGACCAUGGGCAGCACUGCCACGAAGUGGCACCAGGCGCCCACACCGACGGACACCGAGGCUGUGAGAAGCCAGGUCGAACAGAACAAGUUGUUUGAGGCAGAACUGAAGCAAAACGUGAACAAAAUACAGGAGUUGAAAGACAAGCUGACGGAGUUGCUUGAGGAGAACCCAGAUGCUCCGGAGGCCCCCAGGUGGAAGCAGAUGUUGACGGAUAUAGAUUCUAAGUGGCAAGAACUCAAUCAAUUGACAGUUGAUAGACAACAAAAGCUGGAAGAAUCCUCAAAUAAUCUAACGCAGUUCCAGACUGUGGAGGCUCAGUUAAAACAGUGGCUUGUGGAAAAAGAACUGAUGGUCAGUGUCCUUGGGCCCUUGUCAAUUGACCCGAAUAUGCUGAACACGCAGAAGCAGCAGGUGCAGAUUCUCCUGCAGGAGUUCGAUACCAGGAAGCCGCAGUACGAGCAGCUGACCGCGGCCGGCCGGGGCAUCCUGCACAGACCCGGGGAGCACCCAUCCUCCCACGGGAUAGUGAAGGAGCAGAUGGCGGCCGUGACCCAGAAAUGGGACAGCCUCACGGGCCAGCUGAGGGACAGGUGUGACCGGAUCGACCAGGCCGUUGGGAAAAGCACGCAGUAUCAGAGCCUGCUGAGAAGCCUGUCCGAGAAGCUGGCCGGCCUGGACGAUCAGCUCAGCAGCAGCGUGGCCGGCGGCGCACACCCCGAUGCCAUGAGCCAGCAGCUGGAAACGGCCCAGAAGCUGCAGCGGGCGGUGGAGCAGGAGGGGACGCGGAUCCGAGCGGCGCAGGCCCUGUGCGAGGACCUGGCAGCCCUGGUCCGAGAAGAGUACCUGAGAGCCGAGCUCAGUCGGCAGCUGGACGGCGUCUUAAAGUCGUUUAAGGAUCUGGAGCAAAAAGCAGAGACCCAUGUCGAGCACCUUCAGUCAGCCUGUGCCAGCUCUCACCAAUUUCAGCAAAUGUCUAGAGAUUUCCAGGCUUGGCUGGAUACCAAGAAGGAAGAACAAAACAAGUCUCCCCCGAUAUCCGCCAAAGUCGAGGUCUUGGAGUCAUUAGUGAAAGAUCAGAAAGACUUCAGGAAAACGCUGACCGCCCAGUCUCACCUUUAUGAGAAAACCAUUGCAGAAGGUGAAAACCUGUUACUGAAAACCCAAGGGUCUGAGAAGGUAGCCUUGCAGUUACAACUGAACACUCUUAAAACCAACUGGGAUGGAUUGCAGAAGCAGGUGAAGGACAGAGAAGACAGGGUGAAGGACACGCUGGAGAAAGCCCUCAAGUAUAAAGAGCACGUGGACACACUCAGGCCGUGGAUAGACAGAUGUCAAGGCAGCCUGGAGGAAAUCAAGUGCAGCUUGGAUCCCGCCGAGACGGAGAACGCCCUCGCCCAGCUGAAGGCGCUGCAGAAGGAGAUGGACCAGCAUUUCGGGCUGGUGGAGCAGCUGAGCGGUGCCGCCAGCAGCCUGCUCGGCGUCUGUGAGGCAGACCAAGAGGUGGUGGCAGACGAGAGGGAGCACCUGCUCCAGAAAGUGGACACGGUCACUGAGCAAGUGCACAGGAAGAAAUUCUCCCUCGAGAACAUGGCCCAGAAGUUUAAAGAGUUCCAGGAAGUUUCCAAAGAAGCUCAGCGGCAGCUUCAGGGUGCAAAGGACCAGCUCGCGGUGCACGACUCCCUGGGGCCCCAGGCUCACAGCAACAAGUCCCUGACCGUGUUGCAGACCCAGCAGAAAGCCCUCCAGGCCUUGAAGUCACAGGUGGAGCUGGCCCAGGGGCUGGCCCGGGACCUCGUGGCGGAGGCCUCCGACUCCAAGGGCACCUCCGAGGUGCUGCUCCAAGCGGAGACCUUAGCACAGGAGCACGGCACCCUCAGCCAGCAGGUGGACGACAAGUGCUCUUUCUUAGAAACCAAGCUUCAGGGCAUUGGCCAUUUCCAGAACACCAUCCGAGAGAUGUUCUCUCAGUUCGCGGAGUUUGAUGAUGAGCUGGACGGCAUGGCCCCAGUGGGGAGAGACGCGGAGACACUGCAGAAGCAGAAGGAGGCCAUCAGAGCCUUCCUGGAGAAGCUGGAAGCACUCAUCGCAAACAACGCCAAUGCCAAUAAGACCUGCAAGAUGAUGCUGGCCACGGAGGAAGCCUCUCCCGACCUCGUCGGCAUCAAGCGGGACCUGGAGGCUUUAAGCAAACAGUGCAACAAGCUCUGGGACCGCGCAGAAGCCAGGAAAGAGCAGGUCGAAGGGACCGUUGUGCGCCUGGAGGAAUUCUACAGCAAACUCCAGGAGUUUUCUACUCUGCUCCAGAAGGCUGAGGAGCUUGAGGAGUCUCAGGGCCCUGUUGGCAUGGAAACGGAGACAAUUAAUCAACAACUCGAUGUGUUCAAGGUGUUCCAAAAGGAAGAGAUCGAACCCCUGCAGGUCAAGCAUCAGGAUGUGAACUGGCUGGGGCAGGGCCUCAUCCAGAGUGCCGCCAAGGGCGCCAGCACCGAGGCCUUGGAGCACGACCUGGACGACGCCGGCGCGCGCUGGAAGACCCUCAACAAGAAGGUGGCCCAGCGGGCAGCUCAGCUGCAGGAGGCCCUGUUGCACUGCGGGCGCUUCCAGGACGCCCUGGAGUCGCUGCUCAGCUGGAUGGGGGACACCGAGGAGCUCGUGGCCAAUCAGAAAGCCCCGUCCGCCGAGUUCAAGGUGGUGAAGGCGCAGAUACAGGAGCAGAAGCUUCUCCAAAGAUUGCUGGAUGACCGCAAAUCUACCGUGGAGGUGAUCAAACGGGAAGGAGAAAAAAUCGCCGCCACAGCUGAACCUCCAGAUAAAGUGAAGAUUUUGAAACAGCUGAGUCUGCUGGAUAGCCGAUGGGAGGCGCUACUUAGUAAGGCCGAGACGAGGAACCGUCAGCUGGAAGGUAUCUCCGUGGUAGCACAGCAGUUUCACGAAACCUUAGAGCCGCUGAACGAGUGGCUGUCGACCACGGAGAAGAGGCUGGCGAACUGCGAGCCCGUUGGAACCCAAGCGCCCAAGCUGGAGGAGCAGAUUGAGCAACACAAAGCCUUAGAAGAUGACAUCCUGCAUCACAAUAAGCAUUUACACCAGGCCAUUAGCAUUGGCCAGUCUUUAAAGGUUUUGAGCUCCAGGGAGGAUAAAGAUAUGGUGCAGAGUAAACUAGACUCCUCCCAAGUGUGGUACAUUGAGAUUCAAGAGAAAAGCCACAGUAGGUCUGAGCUGCUGCAGCAGGCUCUAUGUAACGCUAAGAUUUUUGGGGAAGAUGAAGUGGAGCUGAUGAACUGGCUGAGUGAAGUGCAUGACAAGCUGAGGCGGCUCUCGGUCCAGGACUCCAGCCCCGAGCGGCUGUGGAUGCAGCAGGCUGAGUUGCGGGUUCUGCAGGAGGACAUCCAGCUUAGGAAACAGAACGUAGACCAGGCGUUGCUGAACGGCCUGGAGCUGCUUAAACGAACGACAGGUGACGAAGUUUUAAUCAUUCAAGAUAAACUGGAAGCCAUUAAAGCGAGAUACCAGGACAUCACUAAGCUGAGCACGGACGUUGCGAAGACCCUGGAGCAGGCGCUGCAGCUCGCACAACGGCUGCAGGCCACCCACGAGGCGCUGUGUGCCUGGCUGGACAAGGUGGAGGUCGAGCUGCUCUCGUACGAAACGCAGGUUCUGAAGGGAGAGGCCGCCAGCCAAGCCCACGCGAGGCAAAAAGAGCUGCAGAAGGAAGCUAAGAGCCACAAAGCCCUGCUGGACUCGCUGAACGAGGUGAGCGCCGCGCUCCUGGAGCUGGUGCCCUGGAGGGCGAGGGAAGGGCUGGAGCGGACGGUGGCCGAGGACAACGACCGCUUCCGCCUGGUGAGCGACGCCGUGGCGCAGCGGGUGGAGGCCAUCGACGCGGCGCUCCUGCGGGCCCAGCAGUUUGACCAAGCGGCCGAUGCUGAGUUAGCCUGGAUUAAUGAAACAGAGAAGAAAUUGACGUCUCUGGGUGACAUCAGGCUUGAGCAAGACCAGACCUCCGCUCAGCUGCAGGUUCAAAAGACAUUCACCAUGGAGAUUUUGCGACACAAGGACAUUAUUGAUGAGCUUGUUAAAUCUGGACAUAAAAUCAUGAGCACGUGCAGCGAAGAGGAAAAGCAGCCUAUGAAGAAAAAACUGGACACGGUGCUGAAGAACUACGACGCCAUCUGCCAGGUAAACUCAGAGAGGUACCUGCAGCUGGAGCGGGCGCAGUCCCUGGUGAGCCAGUUCUGGGAGACGUACGAGGAGCUCUGGCCGUGGCUGACGGACACGCAGAGGGUCAUCGCCCAGCUGCCCGCGCCCGCCCUGGAGUACGAGACCCUUCGGCAGCAGCAGGAGGAGCACCGGCAACUGCGAGAGUUGAUAGCCGAACACAAGCCUCAUAUAGAUAAGAUGAACAAAACUGGGCCGCAGUUACUGGAACUGAGCCCGAGGGAAGGCUUCUCCAUCCAAGAGAAGUAUGUGGCUGCAGACACCCUCUACAGUCAAAUUAAAGAAGACGUCAGAAAGCGAGCUGUGGCCCUGGAUGAAGCCAUUUCUCAGUCAACUCAGUUCCACGACAAGAUCGACCAGAUCCUGGAGAGCCUGGAGCGCGUGGUGGAGCGGCUGCGGCAGCCGCCGUCCAUCUCGGCGGAGGUGGAGAAGAUCAGGGAGCAGGUCAGCGAGAACAAGAACGUGGCGGUGGACAUGGAGAAGCUACAGCCUCUGUACGAGACCCUCAGACAGCGGGGCGAGGAGAUGAUCGCGCGGUCCCAGGGCACGGACAAAGACAUAUCUGCCAAAGCUGUUCAGGAUAAGCUCGACCAGAUGGUGUUCAUCUGGGAGAACAUCCACGUGCUGGUGGAGGAGCGGGAGGCCAAGCUGCUGGAUGUGAUGGAGCUGGCGGAGAAGUUCUGGUGUGACCACCUGUCCCUGGUGGUCACCACGAAAGACACACAGGACUUCAUCCGCGAUCUGGAGGACCCCGGCAUUGACCCCUCCGUGGUGAAGCAGCAACAGGAGGCAGCCGAGGUCAUAAGGGAGGAGAUAGACGGAUUGCAGGAAGAGCUGGACAUGGUUAUUAACCUCGGUUCGGAGCUCAUUGCUGCGUGUGGGGAGCCCGACAAGCCCAUUGUCAAAAAAAGUAUAGACGAGCUGAAUUCAGCAUGGGAUUCUCUCAAUAAAGCUUGGAAAGAUCGGGUGGACAGGCUUGAGGAGGCGAUGCAGACUGCUGUUCAGUACCAGGAUGGACUGCAGGCAUUAUUUGACUGGGUAGAUAUUGCAGGUGGCAAAUUGGCUUCCAUGUCUCCAAUUGGAACAGAUCUUGAAACCGUCAAGCAGCAGAUUGAGGAGCUAAAGCAAUUUAAGUCAGAGGCAUAUCAACAGCAGAUAGAAAUGGAGAGGCUGAACCAUCAGGCGGAGCUUCUGCUGAAGAAAGUGACUGAAGACAGUGACAAGCACUCCGUCCAGGACCCGCUGAUGGAGCUGAAGCUGAUAUGGGACAGCCUGGAGGAGAGAAUCAUCAACAGGCAGCACAAGCUGGAGGGCGCCCUUUUAGCCCUGGGGCAGUUCCAGCACGCGCUGGACGAGCUGCUGGCCUGGCUCACGCACACCGAGGGCUUGCUCGGCGAGCAGAAGCCUGUUGGAGCAGACCCCAAGGCCAUCGAAAUCGAGCUCGCCAAGCAUCACGUGCUCCAAAAUGAUGUAUUAGCCCAUCAAUCUACUGUGGAAGCUGUGAAUAAAGCAGGAAAUGAUCUAAUUGAAUCAAGUGCAGGAGAAGAAGCGAGCAGCCUUCAGAACAAGCUGGAGGUUUUGAAUCAACGCUGGCAAAACGUUUUGGAAAAAACAGAACAAAGGAAGCAGCAGCUGGAUGCUGCCUUGCGCCAGGCCAAAGGGUUCCAUGGUGAAAUUGAGGAUCUGCAGCAGUGGUUGACCGACACGGAGCGGCAUCUGUUAGCAUCCAAGCCUCUGGGAGGUUUACCAGAAACAGCCAGGGAGCAGCUCAAUGCCCACCUGGAAAUCUGUGCUGCCUUUGAUGUUAAAGAAGAAACAUAUAAGACUCUGAUGCAGAAAGGCCAGCAGAUGCUUGCAAGAUGCCCCAAAUCAGCAGAGACAAAUAUUGACCAAGACAUAAAUAACUUGAAAGAAAAGUGGGAAUCGGUGGAAACAAAGCUCAAUGAAAGGAAAGUUAAACUGGAAGAAGCUCUCACUGUGGCCGUGGAAUUCCACAACUCCCUCCAGGACUUCAUCAACUGGCUCACCCAGGCAGAGCAGACCCUCAACGUGGCCUCCCGGCCCAGCCUGAUCUUGGACACCGUCUUGUUUCAGAUCGAUGAACACAAGGUCUUUGCCAAUGAAGUCAAUUCUCACCGAGAGCAGAUCAUAGAGCUGGACAAAACUGGAACCCACCUGAAGUAUUUCAGCCAGAAGCAAGAUGUCGUUCUCAUUAAGAAUCUGCUUAUCAGUGUACAGAGUCGCUGGGAGAAAGUGGUCCAGCGCUUAGUGGAGAGAGGAAGAUCUUUGGAUGAAGCAAGGAAGAGGGCCAAGCAGUUCCAUGAUGCUUGGAGUAAGCUUAUGGAGUGGCUGGAAGAGUCAGAAAAGUCUUUGGAUUCUGAACUGGAAAUUGCCAACGACCCAGACAAAAUCAAAACGCAACUGGCACAGCAUAAGGAGUUUCAGAAAUCCCUCGGAGCCAAGCAUUCUGUCUACGACACCACCAGUAGGACUGGGCGUUCCCUGAAGGAGAAGACCACCCUGGCUGACGACAACCUGAAGCUGGACGACAUGCUGAGUGAGCUCCGGGACAAGUGGGACACCAUCUGCGGGAAGUCGGUGGAGAGACAAAACAAAUUGGAGGAAGCCCUCUUAUUCUCUGGGCAGUUCACAGACGCCCUGCAGGCCCUCAUUGACUGGCUCUACAGGGUUGAGCCCCAGCUGGCCGAGGACCAGCCUGUCCAUGGAGACAUCGAUCUGGUGAUGAAUCUGAUCGAUAAUCACAAGGUCUUCCAGAAGGAGCUGGGGAAGAGGACCAGCAGCGUGCAGGCGCUGAAGCGCUCGGCCCGGGAGCUCAUAGAGGGCAGCCAGGACGACUCCUCCUGGGUCAGGGUCCAGAUGCAGGAGCUGAGUACACGCUGGGAGACCGUGUGCGCCCUGUCCAUCUCCAAGCAGAGCCGCCUCGAGGCUGCCCUGCGCCAGGCGGAGGAGUUUCACUCCGUGGUCCACGCUCUCCUGGAGUGGCUGGCAGAAGCCGAGCAGACGCUGCGUUUCCACGGUGUUCUCCCAGAUGACGAGGACGCUCUCCGGACUCUCAUCGACCAGCAUAAAGAGUUCAUGAAGAGACUGGAGGAGAAGCGCGCCGCCCUCAACAAGGCCACCAGCAUGGGGGACACCAUCUUGGCCAUCUGCCACCCCGACUCCAUCACCACCAUCAAGCACUGGAUAACCAUCAUCCGGGCCAGAUUCGAGGAGGUGCUGGCCUGGGCGAAGCAGCACCAGCAGAGAUUGGCCGGCGCCCUGGCCGGGCUCAUCGCAAAGCAGGAGCUGCUGGAAGCCCUGCUGGCCUGGCUGCAAUGGGCUGAAACCACGCUGAGCGACAGGGACAAGGAGGUCAUCCCCCAGGAGAUCGAAGAGGUGAAAGCCCUCAUCGCGGAGCACCAGACCUUCAUGGAGGAGAUGACCAGGAAGCAGCCUGACGUGGACAGAGUCACCAAGACCUACAAGCGGAGGGCGGCAGACCCCUCCUCCUUGCAGUCCCACAUCCCGGUCCUGGACAAGGGGCGCGCAGGACGUAAACGCCUCCCAGCCCCAAGCUUCUAUCCCUCUGGAUCACAGACGCAAAUUGAAACCAAAAAUCCCAGGGUCAACUUACUGGUGAGCAAGUGGCAGCAAGUCUGGCUUCUUGCCUUAGAAAGGAGGAGGAAGCUUAACGACGCCUUGGACAGGCUGGAGGAGCUUAGAGAAUUUGCCAACUUUGACUUUGAUGUCUGGCGCAAAAAGUACAUGCGCUGGAUGAACCACAAGAAAUCCCGAGUGAUGGACUUUUUCAGGAGGAUCGAUAAAGAUCAGGAUGGGAAAAUAACCCGACAAGAGUUUAUUGACGGAAUCCUUUCCUCAAAGUUCCCUACCAGCCGCCUGGAGAUGAGUGCGGUUGCAGACAUCUUCGACAGAGAUGGAGACGGGUACAUCGACUACUAUGAAUUUGUGGCUGCCCUUCACCCAAAUAAGGAUGCAUACAAACCCGUCACUGACGCCGACAAAAUCGAAGAUGAGGUGACAAGGCAGGUAGCUAAGUGCAAGUGUGCAAAACGAUUCCAGGUUGAGCAGAUUGGAGACAACAAAUACAGGUUCUUCCUGGGAAAUCAGUUUGGAGACUCGCAGCAGCUCCGGCUCGUCCGAAUCCUGCGCAGCACCGUGAUGGUUCGCGUUGGAGGUGGAUGGAUGGCGCUUGACGAGUUCCUGGUGAAGAACGACCCUUGCCGGGCUAAAGGAAGGACGAACAUGGAACUGCGGGAGAAGUUCAUCUUGGCAGAUGGAACCACUCAGGGCAUGGCUGCCUUCCGGCCGCGGGGCCGGAGGUCCAGGCCUUCGUCCCGGGCGGCCUCGCCCAACCGGUCCACGUCCGUGUCCAGCCAGGCCGGCCAGGCCGCCUCCCCGCAAGUCCCUGCCAGCAGCACACCCAAGAUUCUCCAUCCUUUAACACGCAAUUACGGUAAACCCUGGUUGACAAACAGCAAGGUGUCAACUCCCUGUAAACCAGCUGAGUGCCCUGACUUUCCCGUGUCAUCUCCAGAGGGGACGCCGAUACAGGGAAGUAAACUCCGACUUCCGGGGUACUUGUCGGGGAAAGGCUUCCACUCCGGGGAGGACAGCGGCUUAAUCACCACCGCAGCUGCCAGAGUGCGGACCCAGUUUGCCGAUCCCAGGAGGACCCCGAGCCGACCCGGGAGCCGAGCUGGCAGCAAAGCCGGCAGCCGGGCCAGCAGCCGCCGCGGCAGUGACGCCUCGGACUUCGACAUCUCGGAGAUCCAGUCCGCGUGCUCCGACGUGGAGACUGUCCCCCCGACACACAGGCCUACGCCCCGAGCAGGUUCUCGGCCGCCUGGAGCCAAGCCUUCCAAAAUCCCCACGCCCCAGAGGAAAUCACCUGCCAGCAAAUUGGACAAGUCCUCCAAGAGAUAGUGCAGUUGGUUCCGCCGUGGCCCUUCCUGAAGCCUUUACUAUUUAAGUCUGAAAGAUGUAACAUAUGAUGUAGAGAUUAUUGUGAAAUAUUGCAAGAGGUGAGUUUAAAAAUUCUGCAGAUGGCCUUAUCUGUGUAUUUGUCUUUUUCUUUCCUCUGUGUGAUUUUGGGUCGGAUAGUCUGGGGUUGGACUCACACCCUCUGUGAGGCGGGAUAGAGUGUUCGACAGGCACAGAGGUUCCUACACUGAGCACACAGUACCUGAAGGUAAGUCCACAGCCUCCCGAUAGCCAGCCCUCCACUGGGAGCUCACAUGAAGGAUACCUCAUGACACUUCCCUGCUUCUCUGCAAGCCCCGAAAAGCCAAAAGACACCCCCGGGGAUCCAUUCCGAGACCAUAUCAGUGUAAACUGCAAGAUGGGGGGCAGAAAGACAGACACACCCACCACGGUUCUUAUCCUCCUACCUGACAGAGAACUCACAGAAAAUUCCUUUCCGCACCUGCCCAUGCUCUGAGAUUCCCAGACUCUUGUGCGUUUCUGUGCCCAUGGCUUUGCCUGAGGCCAGAGGCCACCUGGACCUGAGACCUAGUACCCUGUAAGAGUGUCAUCAUAAAGUGCAUUCAUCUAAAUGUGAGGUUUUCUUUUGCUUGAGUGGACAGUAGCACCUGUACCAUUGAACUCAUUUUGUAUCAAAGCAAGUUUGCUUGCAGAAAAGCUAUGAAAUAAAAUAUGUCCCUUAACUACAUUGCUAUGGAAUUAAUUUUUUUCCCCAGGGAAAAAAAAAAAAAUCAGUGUAUUUUUUUAUGAGCAAAUAUCCAUUUGGAGUGACCAAAAGAGACUUAAAAAUGGGUUUAUUUUGAUUUUCUCAUCUGAAAUAAUCAUGUUCUGGUAUUAUAUCUAUAUUUAAUAAAUAUAUACCUUUUAAUUUAUUAUGUAUACUCACAUACUAUAGAAAGAUGAUAUUAUAGUAUGCAUUUAAUAAAACAUAUUCACUUGAA